CGGGGGCGCUCCCAAACCAGAGUCAGGGCAUUAACUUUACGCACAAGUUUCCCCCAGGAGCAGGAGCACACCAGCACUGCGGGACCACAAACACAAGGCAAAAUGCCCACACAGAGAGCGUUGUUUUUAAGUCUGAUGAUUGCAUACUUGGACAUCUGCCUUGGCCAGAGGGACUGCACAGGUGUGGACUGUCCUGCUCUGCAAAACUGCAUUGAAACAGUUUUAGAGAACGGUGCCUGCUGUCCUACCUGUACUCAAAAGGGCUGCACUUGUGAAGGCUACCAGUACUACGACUGCAUCCACGCAGGCUUCCGGAAAGGGAAAGUCCCAGAGGGGGAAUCAUACUUUGUGGAUUUUGGAAGCACAGAAUGCUCCUGUCCCCAGGGAGGAGGGAAAAUAAGCUGUCAUUUUAUUCCUUGUCCUGAAAUUCCCCCCAACUGCAUUGAUAUUUUACAGCCUGCAGAUGGAUGUCCACAAUGUGGGCGAGUUGGUUGUACACAUGGCAGCAAGAAGUAUGAGGCAGGACACUCCUUCCAGAUAGACCAGUGCCAUGUUUGCCACUGUCCAAAUGAAGGUGGCAGGUUAAUGUGCUCCCCCAUUCCUGGCUGUGACCUACGCAGUGGUAACAAACCCACAUAUGUUACAACCCCUGAGGACAAUAAUCCUUUGAGAGAUGUGAGUGGCCGUCGUGACAGCCGACAGCCGAGUCCUGCAGAACCCUUUUCCAAUUUGGCACUUGGAAACACUCUACCACUGUAUAAGCAGGACCCACCCAGUUCUGGCACAGAGGAUUAUGACUACACACUGGCAGAGCCGACGACUUCCACCCUCCAAGAUCUGGCCCGACCACUGGAAUCUACUACAGUACCACCAGCUUACCCAGAGUCAAGUUCAACUUCCUUGAGCUCCCAUGAUGGCAAGAGACAUCAAUCAAGAGAGACACAAAAAAGCCAUAAUCCAGAGCGAAGUGGCAGAAGUGAGGUAUUGAAUAACAUGGAUCCAACCACUACCAACUCCCAAAGAGAAACACUGUUAACAUCUACAACCUCCCAAGGGGUGACCACAGAGAACUACAAGUCACAACAUGAAACUAGUGAAAAGACCAUUAGACAUAACAGUGACCGAAGUAGGCCGGUGCAGGACGCUUUAAAAGACACGACUUACGCUGCCCGUCCAAACAGGGGAAGCAGGAACGCCACCAAACCUCACAAACACAGUCAGGGCAGUCGCAGCGGGAAUCACAGUAGAUCUCAUUUGGUCAACCAUAAGGGGCAGGAAAAGGUUCCGAUGGAAAAUGAGCGGCCUUCCGGUAAAGAGGAGCAGAGCUUGAACCCCACAAUCCACUUCAGUCCAACCGUUAGAUCUCCAGUUAUUGUGAGGGAUGAUGGAGAGCAGCCCCGCAGACAACCCCAAACCCUGUACAACUACCAACCACAGGAUGGAGAGAGUGACACACAAGUGUCUUCUGAGGAGUUGGUGAAGACCUGCUGUGAGGCAGGGGAAAAAUGGGCUUCUACUAAUGGUCACUGCAACAGCAUGGAACCAACAACAAAAGAUGUGCACUCCAUCUGCUGGACUGCCCAACGACAGUGCUGCCUGGGGUCCCUGAGAGAACGUCAGUGUUUGGCUGGAAUUAAUGCAGCCAGAGGAGGAAAGAUGUGUGAAGAAGAUGCCAGCCCUGAUAAAUGUGGAAUCAAUUCCUUAAAGGAGUGCUGUGACUGCUGUUCCCUGGGGCUGCAGUUCCGCAAAGAAGGACUACGCUGUGAAGCCCACCAGUACCUGAGUUUCCACUGCAGACAUGUCUUUAUCACCUGCUGCGAGGGGGAGGAGGGGAGGGCCGGGGGUCAAAACGGCUGGCACAGCGUCAAAGAGAGGCCCGCUGUCAACCCGACUCCACCUCCGAAGAAAGUGUCUGACAGCCCAUUCCCUAAAGAGGCCUUCUCCCUUGGUCAGGACCGAGAAGGGGAGAACACAGUAGAGGGUCCUGUUGAGGUGGAGGACAUGGAUGAGUGCCUGAUAUACGAGGGCAGCAUCUGCCACCACAGAUGCAUCAAUACACUGGGAUCUUACCGCUGUGAAUGCUUCCCUGGAUACACGCUGCAAGAGGACGGUUUCACUUGUGCACAAGAGACUAUAGAUGUGCAGAACCAACUGGAGGAGGAUAACAGAGUGCUGGUGGAACCCACUGCACCCCUUCCACCCCCCACUGAGCCCUCUGUCCCACUCAACCCUUGUGAAGGAAACGGCCCCUGUGAACAACAGUGCACCCCAGUGGAUGGAUGGCCACAGUGCUCAUGUUCCCUGGGGUUCGCUCUGAGGACUGAUGGAGUCUCUUGUGAAGACAUAAAUGAAUGUUUGUCACCACUUGCCUGCCAGCUGAAUGAGCGCUGCACAAACACUGCAGGGAGUUACAUCUGCCAGACACUGAUCACCUGUCCCCCAGGAUACCAGAUCAACAAUGACAUUUGUGAAGAUAUCAAUGAGUGUGUGCAGGGGAGUCACAACUGUGGGCCGACCUUUGAUUGUGUAAAUACAGAGGGCUCGUUCAGGUGUAACCCGAAACCUCGCUGUUCUGUGGGCUUUAAUGUGGAUGCUCAGGGGAAUUGUGUGGACGUUGAUGAGUGCACUUUGGCCCUACCAUGCAGCCCAGGAUUUAACUGCAUCAACACAGUGGGAUCAUACAUGUGCCAGAGGAAGAUAAUUUGCAGCCGUGGCUAUCAUGCCAGCACCGAUGGAUCCAGAUGUAUUGAUGUUGAUGAGUGUGAGAGCGGUCUGCAUCGAUGUGGCGAGGGCCAGCUGUGCCACAAUCUGCCUGGUUCAUAUCGUUGUGAAUGCCAGACAGGCUAUCAGUAUGAUUCAUUCAGGAGGAUGUGUGUAGAUGUAAAUGAGUGCUGGCGCUACCCAGGUCGCCUGUGUGCCCAGACCUGUGAGAACACCCCAGGCUCCUAUGAAUGCUCAUGUACCACUGGCUUCCGCUUAUCCGGUGAUGGCAAGAACUGUGAAGACAUAAAUGAGUGCUUGUCCAACCCGUGCGGUCAGGAGUGUGCCAACAUCUAUGGCUCAUACCAGUGCUACUGCACACAGGGCUACUACCUCAGGGAGGACGGGCAUACCUGUGAAGACAUUGAUGAGUGUUCCCAGAGCCUCGGCCAUCUGUGUACCUAUAAGUGUGUGAACGUCCCUGGCAGUUAUCAGUGUGCCUGUCCUGAGUAUGGCUACACCAUGUCUCCAAAUGGACGCUCCUGCAGAGAUAUCGAUGAGUGUGCCACUGGGGCCCAUAACUGCUCUCUAGCUGAGACCUGCUAUAACAUCCAAGGAGGAUACCGCUGCCUUCACUUCAGCUGUCCGCCAAACUACCGCAAAGUGUCUGACACGCGUUGUGAGCGGAUCAGCUGUCCAAACUAUAUGGAAUGUCAAAACUCUCCCCUCAGAAUCACCUAUUACUACCUCAGCUUCCAGUCCAACAUUGUGAUCCCUGCACAGAUCUUCCGCAUCGGACCUUCCCCCGCCUACUCUGGCGAUAACGUCAUCGUCAGUAUCACCCAGGGAAAUGAGGAAAACUACUUCAGUACCCGAAAGCUAAAUGCCUACACAGGUGCUGUGUACCUACACAGGCAGGUCGAGGGUCCGAGGGACUUCCUUAUUACUGUAGAGAUGAAGCUUUGGAGACAGGGGACAUUUACCACUUUCCAGGCCAAGAUCUACGUCUUCAUCACAGCCAACUCACUCUAACAUUGGAGGGGCUUCUAUGGACAUAAACGCAGUUAUUGAAGACUUUUCGCUAUUUAACAGCAUCACAAAAUAAAUAAAUACACCACUGCCUGAGACAAUGGGUUUAGAUAGUUACCAUGCUUUUGUUUUAGUAAAGUUAUUAUUAACACAUUGUCACCAGAGUAUGGAAAUAUUCAGUUUGUUUCGUGUGAAUACCAUCCUAGUUACUGUACUUUUAUUUUCAUUUGUCACUUGAAUUGUUAUUUUACAUGUUAUUAUUUCCAUGUCUAGGAAAAAUUAUAAGGAAAUAUUUUCAAUUACAUUCUCUGUCAGAAAAAACAGCAAUAGUAUUUGAAAAAGAUUUUUAAAAAAAGCUUAACUAGAUUUAUAAAAGCAUGAAAUUUAGCUUUGUCCAGCUCUGUUUUCUGUAGUUAUAGACAUGUAUCUUAUGACACUGCAUGUCGUUUGAUUACACUGUGGUAAGAAAAGAAAAAAUGUUGCAAUUUUCUAUUGUAGUACCAGAGAAGUACAGUAGUUUCCUUUUUGGUAUUUGAAGUAUUUUGAAAAUAUUAUUUAAUGUCAUUCAAUAUUGUGUAUUUUUAUAUCCCUGUUAACAGACACAUUAUAUAUGGAUGUAUCAUAUUUUUAUGAUUCAUAAGCUUCAAAGUAUUUUACAAAAAUAUAUAAAAUAUAAGAAAUGUGGAUUUGGUGUCAUGCGUUUAACUGUUUCUAUUUAUUAGAAGGAUGGGAGUCAUUUUAUGCAGUUGGAUUUAUCUGUUCAUAAUCAUUUAUAUUUAAUUACUUUUUUAUUAUGAGCCAAACCUUGUCGUUGAUAUAAUACAGUAUAUAGUUUUUCACUUCAGUGAAGCUGUUAAACUAAAUAAUCCAUUCUUGUCAGGGCAUGUCAAACAGUUAAUAUCCAUGCCUAUUUACAUACCUGUUCACACCUUGCUUGUUAACUCGACACGAGUGUCAUCCACCAACACACGCCAAUUUGACGCACUUUAGUUUUAUUAUGGCUAAUAAAAAUGAAUACUCAUGUA